AUGAAACUUAAGAGUUCCCGUCAGGACAACACUUUGAAGUGGCAAGGCGAUCCAUCCCUGGGUCGCUCCUUUAUCUAUGGCCUUACUUUGGUCCAGGGUUCCUUGCAAAUCCAGCACAGUGGUAUUUAUAGCAUCUAUGUUCAGGUGACUCUGGCCAAAUGUAUUCAGGCUAGAGCCCAGAACCCUGAGCUUAAAGAGAUCAAGGCUUCAACCUUGACCAUUGGCAACCUUUCUGCCCAGGGCCGCCAUUCAAGUCUCCUGCGAAGACACUUCCAGGGCAGAUGCUCGUUGAGUGCCAGCUUCCAGGUGAACCUCAACUACCAGGACACCCUCUAUGUCAACCUCACAUAUCCCCUAGUGCCUUCACCCAAUGCUGAUGAGACUUUCUUUGGAGCCUCUAGGUUAUAUCCACCUCCUCCCCCAGAAUACUGAUGGUCCUGGACUUUCAGGGUGCUGUAACCCAGCCAGGUGAAUUCCCUGACAAUUGAUGCUGAGUGGUACCUGGCUUUACUUCACCUUUAUUCCCUGAGUGCAUCCUAAGCUAUAGCCAAAUAAAGCUUCAUGAUCUUCCCCAGA